AGGGGACGUCGAUCAUCAAUCAUAAAUAAUCCAAUAUGGCUGACUGCUUCCAAUGGGGCUGUUCGCGGUUAAAUUUUACAAAUUUGCUGUUGUAAUAAAAUAGUUUCAAAUGAGACUACAUUGCCUUACAUUAUAAUGUAAGUCAAUGUACCUAAUGAAGACUUUACCGUAUGCUGAAGAUGCCAGUUAACUCUGUGACUGAAACGAAAAAAGGAGUCGACAAAUCUAGAUUUUCCCUGUCAUUAAAUAGAAAUAAUGCAACAUUUUUGAGCAACGAAAAUAAGAAACUGACAGAGAACUCGAAGGAGAACAGUGACCCUUUUAAGCAAACUAUUAAUAAUAAUAAAGAGAAUAAACCUGUAAAAAGGCCCUUUAAAAGCGUAUACUCGAAUACUUUAUCUGCUGCAAAGAGAUUGAAGCCUCUUUCGGAGUCAGUGAAGCUAUCAGCAAAGCCAUCUGACAUAGAGUUGAUACUCUGCGAGUCUCCUCCCGCCAGCACUGCCAUGUUGAAUGGCCACACAUCAGACAAUCAGUAUGCAGGGAGUACACAGCGCAAGACUCCCAUUGCCACCUUGUCUAACUUGGGGAACACCUGCUUCCUCAACAGCGUGCUCUACACUUUACGAUAUGCACCACGCUUCCUUCACAACCUACACCAUCUGGUGUCUGACCUAGCAAGUGUGGAACAGAAGUUGGGCAGUAUCCGACUGAAGAGUUCCUCUCUUGGCCGCAGUGCAGCUGGGUUGGCGUCUUCGGGGACCAGAUCUUGGAGCAGUAAAGACCUACUGUCUUUGGGACAAUCUGAUAACAGUGCUGGGAAAAGUAAAAUACAGAUUGCAACAGAGAAGCUUCAUGAGACCUACUUCAACCUUCGCGCUGCGGAGAGUAAAUGCCUCAACAGCAGCUCUGCAGAUGCUAGCCCCGAGCCCUAUGCAGCAGACGCCUUUUUAGCUGCACUUCGAGAUGUCAACUCAACAUUUGAAGGUAACAGACAACAAGAUGCGCACGAGUUACUGGUGUGCAUAUUGGACAACAUACGAGAAACAUGCAGGGCGCUCAGCGCGCGCGCCAGCCGACUGCAAAUACAUGAGAACGGUGACAGCAAUGGAAUUGGUCGUCAACCAAGUUUAGAAGGGGACAGUGGGAAACCAACGCUGGGUAACUUACGCAAGUCGUGGAAGAAGCGCAAAGAAGUGAAAGCCAGCGACAAACGAGCAUCACCCACCGAUGAUCGUCCGCCUUCGCCCGCUGACCCGGAGAAAGACGAGAGAUCUCGACCUGGGUGGGACUUCGUCGCUGAUGAUUUUGAAGGCACAAUGGUAGUACGCACAAUGUGUUUAGAAUGUGAAGCAGUGACGGAAAAGGCGCAGGCAGUGUGUGAGUUGUGUGUGCCUGUUACUGAAGACGAGACUGAUGACGAACCCUUCCGCGCCGCCUGCCUCUCCACUGAGUACCUGCGAGAUCAGAAUAAGUACUGGUGCGAGCGUUGCCUGCGCUACAACGAGGCGCGGCGCAGCGUGGCGUACUCCCGCCUGCCGCGCCUGCUCGUGCUGCAGCUCAAACGGUUCAGCGGCGGCAUGGAGAAGAUCACCCGCCACGCACCCACGCCACUACUCAUGCCCUGCUUCUGUGAACCUUGUGCUAAGAGGCCACCAGAACAACCACCCACGCACAGAUACAUUCUCUGGGGUGUGAUCAUGCACUUGGGCCAGACACUGACAGGCGGACACUACGUGGCGUACGCGCGGGACGGGGCGGCGCUGGGCACGAGCGCGGCGACGUGCGCGCGCGAGGCGGGCGGCGGGGACGCGGCGGCGGCGGGCGGCGGCUUCAUGCGCGCGCUGUUCUCGCGGCCGCGCGCCCCCGCCGCCUGCACGGCGCGCGACUGCUGCGUGCCGCGCCCCCGCACCGCGCCGGCCGCCGCCUGGCUGGCGUGCGACGACGACCUGGUGAAGCCUAUCUCCAACGAAGAGUUCGAGGACCUGCUGUCGGCCGAGCCGGAGAUGCGGUCAGCCGCUACGCCAUACCUGUUGUUCUACGUCAAGAGCGAGGUCGGCUAGUACCGCGCGUAUCCCUGCCCCGCCCUAGUCGUCGUUAGUAGUACUCGAUGUCACCUCCCUAUUUACCGAUUUAGGUUUACUCACUUUCCGAUCCUAGUAUACCACGGCGGUUGAGAUGAAGGGAACUCCUUAAAUCAGAUACUUAAGUGUAAAAUGAUUCUCCUCUUUCGGAAAGUGCGUAGUCAUUUAAUUUCCUCGUUCCGCUUCAGUUAUGGGACGCCGGGCGAUUGUCCGACGUGCCUUGUGAAUGUGUCGCGUCUAUUCAUUUUAGCUAGCGAUCGUCCUGUGAACCGUAACUUGUUCGUUUAGAUGCUUAAAAAGACAUAUAGAGGUGUAGGUACGAACCGUGUGUGUCGGCCUUACGUGAUAUUAUGAGUGUAGCUAAAAUAUAUUAGGACGUUAUAGAAAUCGAUCAAAAUAUAUUGUAAAGUAUAUAAAUACAUUCACAAUAUUUUCACUUGUUACAAUCUGACAAUAUGAACUCGAUUAAGGAAAUAAUAAAUCGAAUAUUCUUUCUAUAGUAUACAUACUAAUUGUAUAACGACGUUGAUUCUGUAUUUAAAUAGUAUUUAACUGCGCUGAUGGCGAAAUUAUUUAUUGGCCUAAUAUUAUAACUAAUUGUUCCAGAAUUUAAUGCCUUGAAGUUGCUAUGUUCCCUUUUGAAAUUAUAGAAUACAAUCCAUGGUCCAAACUCACUGCAUGCCCGUCAAUUAUAAUGUUACAUAUUUAUUUAUUUAAAUGCCAUUUUACAAACAUAUACUAUUAAUACUAUAAGAGAAUGUUUUGAAUGUAUGUUUUUGAUAGCAGCUUAGUAACAGACCCAAAGGGGCGUGAUCAGACCAAUGUGAUUCUCUAGUUUUCAUAUCAAUUAAUAAUAUGUUACAAAUGGCAAUCCAAUCGGCAGCAAUACAAUAAUAGAUUUAGUAGAACAUGUUAAAUGAAUGUAGAAAUAUAUUUUUAUGGCAUUUUUUGUUAGUAGUUCUCAAAAUACAUGUAAGAUCCGUUUAGAAAUAUCCUAUGUAGCGAAGAUAGAUCGUCAAAAAUACAAUUUGACACUAUUUAUUGUAUUAUAUUCUUGUUGGAAGUAACGUGGAAAUGAUUUUGCCAGUCUGGAUGACAUUCAGCUGCAGCUUCAAACUGAGAAAAGUGCACAAAUCAUUGAAUAUUUACCUGCUUAAGAGUGCCUCGGUAAAAUAGACGUUAAUUGUAGUUAUAAAAUGACCAUUAGCUCAUAUUAGAUCAAGUGACAUGUCAGACAUUAUAUCUUCAUUAUUCUAACUUCUGAUCUUGAAUCGCGCGGAUGGAUUCGUUGUCCGCUACUAUUUCUACGCAUACAUUUCCACCCUGUACGCACAGAGUAGUCACAUCAGGUAGACUAAUUAUUUCGAGACUACAACGAUAUUAUUGCUUGCUACGAAAUACGACUGCUUUCUUUUUACAAAGUUUUAAACUGUUUACUGUGCUAUUGUGUUAUGGGUAGCUCUUGCUACCAAUAAUAUUGUGUAUUUUUGUAUGGCUGCUAUAAAUAAAAUGUAUCUAGUUUUAUUUCUGUGUAUAUUCAAAUUUGUAGUAUGUUCUGGAAAUUUAACUGCAGUGGUUUAUGUGUACUAAAAUACUGAUAUAGGUUUGUUAUGAAAUAUUUAAUUACUCAGCAAUAUUAGUGCAAAUCUGUGAAUGUAUUUCAGUAUUAUAAUUAUGGUAUGGAAACAUUCAUAAAAAAAAUUGUGAAGACUACUGCAGACAAUAUUGUAACUUAUUAUCUUGUGACUUGUAUACUGCUACAAACUAUUAUAAUAUUAUUUUGAUUUAGUGAUUAUCGAGGUGGUUGAUUAUUGUGAUAAUGAAUAAUUUACCAAAUGUGUUUCAUUGUAUUUUUAUACAACAGUUAAACAUUUAAUUGAUCUGUUUAUAGUUAUUCAUUAUUACAAGAAUCGCCAUCUCCCUUGGCUCGACUUAGUACUCAAACCGAAGCAAAAUUACUUAAUUUUACGUUAAAUUGCGGAUGCCAUUCCAAAAACCUUUGAAAAAGGUACAAUUCUUGUCAGUAGCUAUAUGACUUUGUUUUUAUUACUUAUCGAACAAAAUGUUAUUAUCGUUCAUUUUCAUUGUAAAUUCGAUUUGGAUAAUAAAAAUAAGUUCAAUGAC